AUGCUAAAGCACAUACCGACGGUUCAGCCGUCCUCGAAUGGCUCUCGAAACCAGCAUCAUCAUCCCCACAACCACAGUAUCCACCUCCACCACAACGACUACGGUAGCCAAACGAUAGUCGGAAAUCAUCAGCAUUUCACAACAGGCCAGCCAACGACAUCAUCCCGUCUUCCGCGUGGUUGUCACGAUCAAUCGGGAAUAUAUGACUCACUCCACCCACAUCCAAAGACCCGAGAGCCCACAGUCCACCGUCAUCCCCUGACUCACAGCCAGUUGAGUGUCAACAAUCUCUCAAGAUUGAAUCACUCUCACGGACUGAAUCUAUCAACCCUAUCAACAUCGAAGCACUCGAUAGACAGUGCAAGCCCAGUCGUUGGCAAUGAUAUUCAUCCAUCGACGAAUCACUCGAUCCAUCAUUACCAUCAUCACCUUGGCCAUGGGGUCAUGGGUUCGCACCUGCAGGACAGGCCACAGGUGAACGGUGGCCUGGACAUUUCGAGGGUCUUGAGAUUGCCCAGCCAAACGACACCCUCACCACCUGUUCCUGUUCAUCCACCUGUUGCUGUUCAGCAAAUAGCGACUAUUUCUGGGACAAGUGGGCAGGUUGUACCGGUGCUGGACAAUUCGUGGACGUCGUUCUGUCUCAAAGGAAAGGGAGGUCUCAAUAACAAGAAUCCGGAGGACGGGGUCAAGGAGAUGCUGACGUUUCUCGGGCUACUGUGUCUUGUCUCGCUGCUGCUGGCGAUGCUGUCGCAUAUCUUCCUGCUGAAGAUGUCGCCGUUGAGCGUGACACCGAGUAGUUUGAUUAGCCCUGAGGAGUAUACGAUUGUUUAUGAGGUGACUUUGGGACUGUGUGCACUGGCGCUGUCGCUGAAUCUCUGCUGUCUGCUGGUCUGCGCGAUUCAGUUUCUGUUUGCUAUGAAGCUGGUCAAGAGCUCGUAUAACCAGAGUCAUCGUACAAAUAUGUACCUGCAAAAAUCAUCAUUAAGUAGGAUGUGCGCUGUCGGUGGAUUCUUCGUCAGCAUUCCAGUAUUCCUCACCGGUAUGAUACUCUACACAUUUAUUCAAUUUCACUCGACGCCAGCGAUAGUCAUGUCUGUUUUUAUUGGCCUUGGAAUUGUCUUCUGCGGCUGCGCUAUGGUACACAAUGUCUUUGUGUGGCAAAGAGAGAAGACAAACGCCGUGAAAGCGCUUGCGCGGGCGCAAUGCGAAGCGGCAGCGCAGCUGCAGCGUCAGCAGCAGAUGCAACAGGCCCAGCAACAGGCCACCAUCCCACGUGGCACCUCUACCAUCCCACGUGGCAACUGUACAAUACCGAAACACAUUAACUCAACCCUGCCCCAUCACCCCCGAGGAUCUCACCCCCAAACACAGGUGCAUCAGCAGUCGCACGACGUUCUGAGGCACGCGCAGAUGUCCCCAGUACUGCUGACCCUGUCAGCAAGUCCAGCCGCCCACAAUCACUCGAGUAUCGAUGUCCACAGGGUGCCAGCGAGUCCUCCAACUACACCGGCUGGUGACAGAACUCCAACGAGUCCUGUUAACAAGUCAAUUAAUCGAUCCCAGCAUCAGAUGCGCGAGGCCAGUGGCAGUGUCAGUCCUGGAAUGCCAACUGCCACUUUGGACCUCAGCAGCGCUGCUAAUACCAACAGUCCUCACGAGCUCUCUACUCUCGUUUAAUUCAGUGGGGAUGAUUUUUUUGGAAAGACUGGUUGUAGGGGAAAUAUCGAGGAAAAUGGAUUUCGAGGAAAAGGUCACAAAACAUUAUUUUUUGAAAUUCAUGAACGAAGAACAUUUCGUAGGGAAACAGGGUGCAUUUGCUUGAAAAUUCUAUUGGAUUUCGUUAGAAAAUUCCAUUAGUUUUUCCCCGAUUUUAUUGAA